AUGAAGAAAAGGAAGGAGUUGAACGCGUUAAUUGGACUUGGGGAGAGCAAGAGGAAGAAAACCAAAAAGGGCACAGGACACCGACUCCUCCGAACCGAGCCUCCGGGAUCACAGUCCGAAUCCAGCUCUGAAGACGACGAGUUCAACCACAUGAACGGAGCUGCCAGCUUCAGCACGAGAAGCUAUGCGCAGUGCUGCAACGUGUGCUACCCCCUGUUUCUCUUCAUCAUCCUCGCUGCUUGUGUCAUGGCCUGUGCUGGGCUCAUAUGGAUGCAGAUUGCACUGAAAGAGGACCUAGACACGCUCAAAGAAAAGCUCCACAACAUGGAAUCCAGCCAAAAGGUGUCUUCGAGUGAAAUUCCCAAACUAAAUGAGGACCUGAAAAACAAACAGAGAGAGCUGGAUGAGAUUGAAAAAGGAGACAAGGGCCUUGGCAAGCUCUGGUCUAACAUUACAGAAAUCAACAGGAAGAUCAGUUUACUGGAUUCUGCCGUCAAUCAUUUGAAAGCUAACCUCAAAUCUGCAGCAGACCUCAUCAGUCUUCCCACAACAGUAGAAGAGCUUCAGAAGAGUGUGGCCACCAUCGGGAGCACCCUCACCAGUGUCCAACAUGAUGUGAAGACCAUGCAAGAUGCCCUUGAAUCUGAAAAAAAAGCAGAUGACGAGAUGAAGAAAACUAUGGAUCUAACAGAUUUAAAGAAGAGUCUAAGUGGCGUGAACAAGACAGAGGAGCUGCACCACACAUGGACUGAUGAACAAAUCCACCUGCUGCUUUCAACAGUGGCAGAUCUUUCCCACAGACUGUCUUCAGUGGAAAACCGGUCCGACUCCAACCAUACACCAAAGCCGGCUGACACGCCUUCAGUCAUCACUCAAACUCCAGACAAGUUGAAUGAUCCCACAACAACCAAAGCAACUCUUCAAGAUGUCAAUAUGCAGGUGGUGCCAACAGAGCAGCAGACAAGCAGGCAUCCUCGCUCCCUCACGCCAAAGCGCUCCAGGAGAGAUGCUCGGAGAGACGCUCGGAGAGAAUGCCUCAAGUGGGUGUCACUGCCUGGUGUCAUUACUUUAAAUGACCUUGAGAAAGUCUUCCAGCACGCAGGGAUGCAGUCCGGUUCGCUCUCCUACCAGGACCUGAAGCAUAUAUUUGGACUUCAUAUUCCCAGUGCUCGACUAAUGUCUUGUUUUGACGUGGACAGAGACUACAGGUACUCUCUGCUGGAACUGAAGACCGCCCUGGGUCUGUGA